CUGCGGGGUUCAGGUAUCUGAUGAACUCAAUUUUCAGAUUCCGAAAUAAGGCGACGAAGAAUGUAUCUGGCUGCACCUUAUUCCUCCAGUUGGUGUACUUGACUCACGUGGAGUGGAACUUUGGAUAUGUCGACCGAACAGUGCUCCCCGUUGAUUUUUGGGGUAGUAAACAAUGUAAGUCCGCUUACAAAUUUGUGAAAGACAAUGGGGGUCCCAACAGCGACAAGAUAACGCUCACUUCGAAUCCCGUAAUACUGCCCAACUACUACUCGGACUCGGAAGGAAGAAAGAGCAGUGACCACUUUGUCAGCUCUAUCAACGAGUUGAAGGAGUACAUCUCGAAUGAGUUAAAGUCUCAGUUGAGAUCAUUUUCUUUGAAAUUUAUGGACAAAGGAGAAGGUGUAGGUGGUAUUGACCGAGAGUUGGAGGAGGAUGCUGCUGCGGAAACGGGGAAGAAGGCGGAGUGCAGCCAGGCCGUGGAGGAGUCCCCGUUGAAGUCCCCUGUCCGUUCGAAGACUAAUGUUGUUGGUCUAUCCGACGAAAAUGUGGUGGAUUCUGUAAGUACGCCUUCACUAUCUGUUACAAAAUCUGUUGAAGAUGAAGGUGCUGCACAUAAGACCUUCGACGAUGAGGACUUUGAUAUACUCGAAGUGGCAUCUUUCUGGAAUAAAGGCAAAGCCCCCGUCAAAUCAAAGAAGUCACAGUCGGAGAAUGUGCCUUUAAUUGAGGAUGACUUCAACGAUAAGGCGUACGAGCAAUUCAUUGAGUCGGGCAGAACUGUUGUCGGGCCAUUCAAGACGAAGGAAGCGAUCCCCCGUAACCAAUAUGGGUUUUACAAGUUUAUUUUUAGCAACACGUUAGAUCCGGGAUAUGUGCUUGCGAAAUUUCGAAAGUUUGAAGUGGAUAGGAGGUGCAUGGCAUCGUUGCGACCGUUGCGAGAAGUUGAGGGAUCCGUAAGUGUCAAAGUAUUAACUAAAUAUGUAUCAUUUAUUGUACAUGUGUAAAUCAUAUUUCAUUUUGUUG